GUUAGGCAGCAUACAUGGAGAGAAAUAAACAGAUAAACUAACAAAGGAUACACACAUCGUAUCGAAAGGACAGUGUCCUGGCCCAACGUAUCAAUGCAAUUACAAAAAAGGCAACAGCUAUUGGACAACAUUGGGAGUUUGAAGAGACUUGGAUCAGAAAAAGCUGCGGAAAGUUGUAAACUCAGCCAGUUCCAUCACGGGCCCUAGCUUCCCCAGCAUCCAGGACACCUUUAAAAGGCGAUGCCUCAAAAAACCAGCAUCCAUCAUUAUGGACCACCAUCACCCGGAACAUGCCCUCAUCUCUUUGCUACCAUCAAGGAGGUGGUACAGAAGCCUGAAGACACACACCCAACGUUUCAGGAACAACUUCUUCCCCUCUGCCAUCAGAUUUCUGAAAUGGACAAUGAACCCAUUAAAACUGGCUUAGUGCUGUGCAAGUUGUCGGCACAUAUACAUCGCAAGGGGCCUAAGACUUUUGUACAGAACUGUAUUUGUCAACAUGGAGUGGAAAGCAAAGGAUGUGGGAACGGUGAGGGUAGAGCACCACGGGAGGGCUGUGGGACAGGUAGCAGAGGAGUGCCAGCUUUGGAGGGGUGUGGUCCAGGUGCAGAUACACCCAGUCCUGAGACACUAGAGAGUGGUGAGUGCAUGGAAUGGACUGCCGGUGACUGUGGUGGAGGCGAAUACGAUAGGAUCUUUUAAGAGACUCCUGGAUAGGUGCAUGGAGCUCAGAAAAAUAGAGGGCUAUGGGUAACCCGAGAUAAUUUCUAAAAUGGGAUCUGAACGUAUGUUAUAGGUACACUUUAGCAGUUGGACCAUCCAUACUCAACUCGCCAGCGUAAUCAGUGUGGACUGAAAAGUGGGGGAUGCAAUGGGUGAUGGUCUCAUGUACAGAAGUCCUCUGCCACAAUCCAGUCGUAUGCAGGGAAAACAUUCUCUCCGUGAUGACUACUCUCGUGAGUUUCUAGGCAUGAUGCCUGCUGAUGAUACAUACAAACGGAGGUCAGACUAUGGAUCACGUUCUUUGUCACAGAGAGAAGGCAGAAGAUCAAGUGAACGUGAUGUGGACAGGUUUAGGAAGAUCCCUUACUCCCACUUGAGGUCUGAUGAUCGAGGAAGGGAUUCCAAACGUUCUCAACUUGAACAUCGCAGUCGUAGCAGGGAUCGUCAUAGCAGAGAGCACCGUAGCCGCAGUCCAGAAAGGCAUCGGAAUUAUAGAACUAGAAGUCCUGACCGGCCACAAAAUCUGACUCCACAUCGGAAUCCUGCCAGCAGUCAUGCUCAGGAGCAUUUUUCUUAUAGCAAAAGUAAAAAUGAUGAAUUUCGUGAAUUAGAAAUUGCUCGCAGGAGGAAGGAGCAAGAGGAAAGGAUUAUAGCAGAAAUGCUCCCUCCCUCUCAGCGAGAACUCUCAAACUCAUCUUACCGCUUGUCUGAACGUUUUGAGAAGGGUACAUCAAGUUUGCAGCAGUCUCCGAGGAGUGGUUAUAUCUUGCACAGACCAGAUGAGGCUCCACAGAUGCCAAAGAAAUCUAUACUGAAGAAGCGCACUGAACCGGAAUUGGAAUCCUCAGCUGCUAUGCAGUUUGAUGAAUAUUGCGGUGUCACAGUGAAUGAAAAGGCUGAACGUCGAGAUAGUUACUCUCCAUCACAAAGCUUCAUGCGGUUGCCACAGAAAGAAUUGAACUUCCCCGAGUCUGAACAGUUCUCUUUCAUGCGAGACAACAGAGAAAUGCAUCGAAUUACUGAGCAAGUUGGACUCUCUGGUUUAACAAAUACCAACUUCCAUUUUGAACGGGAGCUUCCAGCUAAGUAUACCACAAAGUCAGAAUUGGAAAUUUCUUCUGAAAAUAAGAUCUGUGGUGCAAAUUUCCUACUUCCACACGAGCAAGCCAGUCAGGGAAACAGUGGAUUCUCUCGUAUAAUUGGCCUAUUGGCAGAGGUUGACAACAAUUUCCAAGAAAGGAAACAUAACUUUCCAAAUAUAGAUGAUGAAGAAAGGUUCCUGUAUGGAGAUCUUGAGGAAGACAAGACUGGUUCUCGCAAAUUUAGACCAUCUUAUUCUUUCAACAACCUUCUUCCUCUAAGACAAACCAAUCUGCCAGAGGGAUUGUCCAACACAGAAAUGGGGAAGACUGAUAAAGAGUAUGAAAAGAUCCAUGACUUGUUGAAAACUAUUGGCCUCGAUAUUGGUGUUUCAGAGAUUAGCAAGUUGGCAGCUCGUACUCAGGAGCGCCUUCAUGGGAAGAAAUCUUCAACACAAUCACCUGAUAGCCCUUUGGAUUCCCAUAAUUCUGUCUCUUGGGAUAAACUGAGGACCCGAAAUGAUACAAAAUCACUGGAGCCUCAUCUGCAGUCCCGAAUGAAAUUGUCAAAACAAGAAAAUACCCCUCACCCAGGUUUGAAAGAGAGCAAAGAAUCUUUCAGAAGAGAUACAGAUGUAAAGGCCAAAGAGCCUGAGAGGGCAGCUCCACUAUAUCCUGCUCCAACUAAUUCAAUAAACUGUAAGUCUGGUUUAUUGCCUACUCCAUCAUCAGCAUUUGUCAUGCCACCCUAUGGUCAAUUUGCAUUACCUCCAAUAAACUAUCCGCUGAAUCCUCCACCACUUGCUUUUAAUCAGUACAACCCUUAUCUCGCAUACACAACUCCUGCCUGGCCAAGAUACCCACCUCCACAGGUCAGUGAGCCAAGUAGUCCAGUGGUAGUAAUGAUGCCACAAUCAAAAGUCUCUCGUCCAAAUUUGAGGGUCAUUGAAACAGUCAAUAAUCCCACACAAACUGUGGACCAAAAACGAGAGGAGUCAGUGCUGGUGCGAGUGCAGACAACUCUUACACCCACACAAACCCCGGAAUCGUCCUCAAACCGAUUGAUGUCCAAGUCUACUGAGGAAGAUAAAAGAAAAGCUGAGCAGAAACGAAAGGUCUUGGAAGAAAAAGCAAAACUUCAGAAGGAGAAAGAAUCUCGGCAGAAGCGCCUGGAUUAUCUUGGAAAUGAGUUGCAGAAGCUCAGUAAACAACAAGGGGAAUUGCUAAGAAAGAAACGUCGUGAGAAGGAUGGACAUAAGGAUCCUCUUCUGGUUGAAAAUGGCAAGCUUCAGGAAGAUAUUGUUCGCCAGAUGUCGAUAGUUCGUCAACAGGUUGAGGACACAGAGAAAAAGCUUUCCGAGCUAGACAAAGUGGCUCAAAUUUUGGGGGUUGUCAUUCAAGAGAAAACUUCAAAACUUCAUGAUUUAAAUAAGGAUGAUGCCUUGGAAAAAGUGCUGCUAAAAGGAGAAACAUUGCCAUCAUCAGAGGAGAUUUCAACAAGAAAAGGAUCUCAGAAGGAAUUGGAUGAUACAACAGAGAAGCUCUGUGAAAGUUUCUCUGAAGCUGGGGAUGUGUACGAAUACUAUGAUGCAGGGAACCACUGGUGCAAAAACUGCAACACCAUAUGUGGGACACUCUUCGACUUUUUCACUCACAUGCAUAACAAACGGCACAGGCAGACGCUGGAUCCCUACGAUAGACCAUGGUCUGCAAAGAUGCUGAUUGAAGAUAAAAAUGACUCCAUUAAGCGAACUGACAAAAUAGCUAUGCCAGCAAAAGGUUCAGAGUUUCUGAUGCCAGUCACUGGAUUUUACUGCCAGCUCUGUGAGAAGUUCUAUGGAGAUCAGAUUUGUGCUGAAGAUCAUGUCAAAUCACAUGCUCAUAAUGAUAAGUAUAAGGAAUAUUUAAAUGAGAAUCCUGUCUAUGAACAGCGGAGAAACCUAGACCGCCAAGCUGGCUUAGUGGUGAUCAUGGAGACAGAACGACGGCGCCAAGGGGGGCUGAAAAGGAAAAUGGAUGAAGACAAGGAAGUUCAGAAACAGAAGAAUUUGGAGGAAGGUGAUGAGAAAAAGGCAAAACAAAUGAAAUUGGAUGUGGAUGAGUGUGAGAGUGUCACAGAGCUAGAAGAAGAAAGAAGUGACCGUUCAUCUUCGCACAAGAUAGAGCCCAGCAGCAAGCCUGGUAUAAAAUUAUUGUUGAAAAAGGAUGAAAUUGAAGAUAAGAAAGAUGAAGAGCAAGGAUCAUCCUUUGGAAAAUUUAGCUGGAAGAAAUCUGAGAAAGAGGAAGAGAAAAGUAGUUUGUUGGGAACAAAGGAGGAACAUGCUGAAGGCAGCAAAGAGAAAGAUGAUGGCAAGGGGCAGGGGGCGAAGUCUGCUGCUAAAACUAUUGAAAUCAAACUCUCGGGAAAGACUCUUAUUGCUCAUACCAGCCCUUGGGUACCAUUUACCUCAGUGUCUACCACCACUCAGGCGAAAAUCAGGCCUAAUCUUCCAGUUGCUAAUGUACCACAGAGGAAAGGUAGCAUCACAACUGUCAAUAAGCCUGCACCUUUGGAUACAUUUCUCUCUAUUCGGUCUUCAGGAGCUUCUAACAAACCACUACCUGUGGUUAAGUCUGGAAUGUUGCUGGCUCCUGAAGUGAUCUCCAGAGCCUUUGGUGGUGAAGAAGUAACGUUAAAAGGAAGUGUUCUCGAUGUACACAGGGAACCAGAUCCUUUAGCUGAAGAACCAGCCCCUGGUGUCUCUGAAUGUGAGCAAACUAUUUUGGCUAUUCCAGUUCGCCCACCACCCAUUUCUCUCAGUGACUCCAGUAAGAAAAUGGAGAAGCCCAAAAGUUGUCUGGCUGCUGCAAAUGCUAAAGAUUUGUACGGCAUUUACUACAGUAGCUCAGGGAAGAGCCCAGCAGAUUGCAGACUUGGUAGCAGUGCGCAAAAUACCAAAUUGGUCCAUGGUACUCUGAAGUCAGUGCCAAGUUAUGUCAAAAUUGGGGAUGUAAGCUCUUCCAAAGAGCUGGUGCCUUCAGAAAACACAGCUUUGGGCAUUCCUAAAGCUGUAGCCACAGUUAAGUUAAAUAUAACGGAAACAGAUGAACAAACUGGAAGUCAUUGCAUACCUGAUGUACAAAGUACACUGCUUUGUGAAGAUGACAUUUUAAGUAACUCUGUAACAGAACUUCAGAAUAAAAGUGAUGAGGAGACCAUUGUUCAGCAUGACGUCUCUGCUAAGAAGGUGGUGAUGGGCACUGUAGAUCAAGGUGGCAACAACUUCACGAUCCUUAAUUUAGCAGAAGAUAUUAAAGAACUGGAUAACUCUGCUCUACGGACCAUGGUUGAACAGCCUCCACAGUGUGAUGGAACUAAAGAGGUUGAGAACGUGGAUUUGCAUUCUCCCAUUUUAAAGGCCAGUGUUGAACAAUCUCAAAGUAUCAACAACGUAGUUGAACAUGUUGAGGAGAUGGGUGCAGAAGAAUGUCAGGAAUCUGAUUUAAGCACUUCAAAUACAUUAGAAGUAAAAAGCAUGGAGCUGAUUGAGGAACAGUUGCAGACAACUGAAACGUAUCGAUGUGGCCUCACUGGGAGAGAAGCAGAUGUUGCUUCAACUGUGAGAGUAGCCAAUACUUUAUCUGAUGGCCAAAGCAUCUCCAAUGUAGCAGAGCAAGUUGGAGAUGAAGUGGGUUCCUUGGGUCGCGCCGUAAAGUGUCCAAACCAGUGUGAUGCUAAUUUAAAUUUUCCUGUUCCAACAAAAGAGGACCAAGAUCUGAAAAUGGAUCUCGAAGUGUCAGAUAGCACAACAGAUUCUCGAAGGAAGCCAGUUGAAGUUAAGGUUGAAGAAAUGGAUUCCUCUGAGUUAGAAUUUUCUGCAGACCAAUCAGAGGAACAUUAUACUGGGCCAAUCCUCUCUCAACCAGCAGAUGAUGUGAAGAUGGAUGUCCCUGUUUUGGACAGCACUGGAGAUCAACUUGAACAGAGUGAGACAGGCAUAAAUUUCUCUAAGCCAGUAGAUGAAGAUACAGAUGUGAAGCCGGGUCCCUUUGCUUUAAACAAUGCUAAUAAACAACCAAACAGAUGUGAUCCUGUCCUGAGCUUUUCUAAGCCAAUAGAGGAAGUUAAGGAUGUGAAAGUAGCUACCCCUGUUUUGGACACAACUGUAGAUCACCUGGAGCAGUGUGAUAUUAGCAUAAGCUUUUCUGAUCGAGUGGAUGAGGUUAAGGAUGUGGAAGUAAGUGUCCCUGUUUUAGACAGCACAGCAGAUCAGCUGGGACAGUGUGAUACUGCCCUGAGUUACUCUGAUGCAAUGGAUGACAUUAAGGGUAUGGAAGUGGGUGCUCUUGUGUCAGACAGGACAGCAAAUUUGCCAGUGCACUGUGAAGUUGGAAUAAAGUUUUCUGAACCAAUGGAUGAAGUUGAGGAUAUAAAAGUGGAUGCUUAUAUACUAGAAAACAAUGCAGAGCCCCACACUGAUGCUGACUUCAGCAUUCUCAAUCCAGUGGGCGAGGCGGGAGAUCUGGAAGUUAAUGCUCCAUUGUUACAUAGCACUGUGGAGCAGCAGCAACAUCUUGAUGAAGUGGAGCAGGUGAGGGCUGAAGGAGAAGAUGGUAAUAGUGAGAAACUAAUUAGAAGUGGUCAAAUGUGUAGUUCAUUUCAGACAGAUCUGUGUCCAAUCCUGGAUCAGCAGGAAGCAUUACGAAUUAAAUCCUGUAGUGAUGCUGAGGUGGGCACACAUCUUACGGAGGAACGAGAUACAAGUGUGAGUAGUUCAUUACAGACUGAACAGGUUGGUAAAAGUGAACAAAGAGUUAUUAAUCCAGAAGAACAGUGUAAAAAUAAAAGCAGAUCACAGCAGCCUAAGCUGAAGACUGAGUUAAGAGCCUCUGAUAGACAACCAGAUCAGGAUGAGAGCAGUUCUCCUGAACAUUUAAAGAGUAGUGAUGUAAUUAAUAUUCUAGAUGAAACCAAAUGUACGGGUGAAAGAGAGGUGAGCACUCUCAACUCUGCAGUACAGACAGCAGAUUCCUCAGGGCAGCUUCCCCUUCAGAAUAUUAAUGUGAGCUCAUCAGAAAGGGCAGGGAAGGAGAGCAGCAUGCCAGUCGUCACUCAGUCAGUAGAAGUUGUGGAUACUCAAGAGGAAUACAAGAUCACCGGCAGCUCACGCACUUCUCGGCGAGCAGCACAGGCUGGAAAGGCUACACUCUGUGUUCAGACUCCUGAUAAGUCGGCUGAAAAACCUGAGUCAAAUGAGCAUGGUAAGCAACUACGUCGCAGGAGUGCAAGGAAUCUGCGGUCCCCAAAGUAAUACUGGAAAGUAGAACUGAAAGCAGAGGAGGAUUAUGUCUAGAACACGAUGAAUAACCUGUACAUUAUGGACAGUGAGGCACACCAAAUCCUCAAUGUUCUAAUUUGACUAUGGCCUACUCUUGUCUGCCUCUGACUAUUUAAGAAAAAAGUUGUGGGUGUUUUGAUUUGCUUUUGUUUUUUUUUAACAUGCAUGCUAUAAAAUUCCAGCAAAUCACAUUGUAAAAGUUGUGCAGCAUUAUAAUUUUCUGUAAGGUUCAUUAUCUUAUAACAGGCAUCCUGGCACACAUUCCACUUCAAAAAAAAGAUAAUUAAGUACACUAUGUUUCUAAAUCACAGCUUGACCAGUUUGAGUAGACAGAAGUCAUCUUGUUGCAGUACCUGAGUUAAAGCUUUUUCAAUAUUUCAGUAUUGUUGUCAUUAUUUUACUGGCCAGAAGAAAUUAUCUGUAACUAACAGUAAAACAUUGAAUGGUUUUUAUGUAAUUUGUAGUUCAUUCUGUUUAUUCGCUGGAUUGUACAUUAAAGGGUAAUGUCAAGUC